CACCUAUUUAGUGGAAAAGAUAUGACACCUCAGCAUUAGGUCUUCAGUUAUAUACUCAGUAUUCUUUCUAUUGUCACUGGGUCCUUUAGAGAAGAACACCCAGAAUGGUUAGAAGAAUGGGAGCCAUAGUUUUGAGAGAAAUGGUUGACGGAACCACAGGUGUUUAGCCUGGAGGGCAGAAGUCUCAUGGACAACAAAUGAAGGACUUUCAGAGAGAAAAAAAGCUGGUUUUGUUCUCAUGGCUUCAAGCAGGAAAACCCAAAGUUGAUGGCAAAAAGUUACAGGAAAGUUGAUGUCACCGCAGCAUUAGUCAAAAUCCAAAAGAUCUUGAGUAGAGGAAGCUAAGCAGAGGCCGGUCAACCAAUAAUAACCAUGCGGUGAGCUGCAGCGGCUGUGGUGGAAGUGGCCGGGGAGCCUGGUCCCCGCUGGCACCAUGCUUCACUUGUGGCUGCUGAAAACGGCUCAGAAUCACCCAUUGUUGGUGGAGCUCAAAAACGGGGAGACGUACAAUGGGCAUCUGGUGAGCUGUGACAACUGGACGAACAUCAACUUGCGUGAGGUGAUCUGCAAGUCCAGGGACAGGGACAAGUUCUGGCUGAUGCCCGAGUGCUACCUCCGCAGCAGCACCAUCAAGUACCUGCGCAUCCCCGAUGAGAUCAUCGACACGGGCAGGGAGGAGGUGGCGGCCAAGGGCCGUGGCUGUGGUGGCCGGUCAGGGAGGAGGUGGCGGCCAAGGGCUGUGGCUGUGGUGGCCGGCAGCAGCAGAAGCGACAGAAGGGCCAUGGCACGGGGUGUGCCGGGAGAGGAGGGAUCCCAGGGACCAGCAGAGAUCAGCCAGAAAGGAGGCCGGGCAGAGAGGCGGGCAAACAGUGAGCCGCCAGCCCCUCUGUUCCCCAGAGACUGAGCCGCAACCACCGAGCAUCUGCUCCCACCCCCGAGGCCGCUUUUCUACGUUCCAGUUUAUGAGUCUGUUCAGAACAAAACGAAGAGGCAGGUGUCCAGGUAGGACCCCCUGCCUGUCAUCUGUGAUCCUCCUCUUUUUUUUUUAGCCAGGAGUCCUACAGUUGGAAAAUGUUAUUCUGUGCUUCUGGUUUUGUGAAGUCGCAGCAGACUUGAUUCCUGGAAGAUUCUGUAUGUAAUGCAUCUUUAAAGGCCUCACUCUUGUUUU